GAGGCUGCGCGCUGCUGUCAGACGCGCGCGCUGGAGACAGAAGAGACUCUCAUCACAUCACGCGCGGAGGGGAGAGCAGAGCAGGCAUCGCAACGCAUCGCAUCGCACCGCGUCUGUCCCCAGUGCUCACAUCGCGCCGCAUUGAGGAUCGUACCUUUAUAGAGAAACAUCAUCAAUUACGCGCAACACGGUGCGUAAAAUCCACAGCAGAGGCUUCAGUGAGACUGCGAUUCAGGUGAUCAGAUGCUGAGGUCGAUAUGAACCCACCCAUGUCAAAUUCUCAACCCUACAGGUCAAGAAGUAGCUUGAUUGGGAUAAUGCAUACCUAGAUUGGGAUAAUGAUGCCCCUUUGUUUGAGUAAAAUCUUGCAUUCAUGAAAUUUGAGGAUUGCUUUUUUGUCUUUGGGAUGUGAAGCAUACAUAUUAUUUGGAUUACACCUUGUUUUUUAAUGCCAUUUCUACAUUUCACAAUGGGAUUGCCAAGACUGUACCAUAAAACGUUGUUUUUUUGUACCUUCGUCCAGUAGCUGUUUAACUUAAAACUCAACUUGAUAGGACUUCAAUGGCUUUGUGAUUGGUACCUGCAUUGAGAAACCCAACAGAUAUCAAAACGGAGGAGCUAUUUCUGUGUAGCACCGAAACGGCCUCAUUUUCCCAAGAAAGAUUCCUCUUAAAUGCCCUCUUGAGGAGCGGUGGCCUUUACCAUGACCAAAAACCUAUUGGAUUUAUAGUUUCAUUGAGCAGCGGCAAACUCUCGUUUACCUUGCUCAACCCCAGAGUCAAGGAGCUUUUCUCAAGCAAUCAGGCGGUUCAGAACUUCAUCUUGAACGAGUUUCUUGACUUCUGCCCCAUGUAGAGACGAGAGAGUUUUUAAACAUGGCUCCCCACUGGAGAGCAGGAGCUCAGGCUUUGGCAGUGACUCUGGGAAUUCUGCAGUGCUGCGGAUGGCUGUCCGCUCAGACCAUAAGGACUAGUGUCGGGAUGAUGGGAAGAGGUCCCGAGCAAUGGCCGAUGUCUCAUGAACGGGUGAAGAGGGGAUGGGUUUGGAAUCAGUUCUUCGUUGUGGAGGAAUACACCGGGACGGAGCCGCUUUACGUCGGAAAGAUCCAUUCCGACUCUGACGAAGGCGACGGCUCUAUAAAGUACACCAUCUCUGGAGAGGGAGCAGGGACUGUCUUCAUCAUAGACGAGGUCACGGGCGACAUCCACGCCACCGAGCGUCUGGACCGAGAGGAGAAGACCUUCUACACCUUACGAGCUCAGGCACGAGACCGUCUGACCGACGCACCGCUGGAACCCGAGUCUGAGUUCGUCAUCAAGGUCCAGGACAUCAACGACAGCGAGCCCAAGUUUCUAGAAGGUCCUUACAUCGGGAGUGUGGCCGAGCUCUCUCCUGUCGGUACGUCGGUGAUGAAGGUUAUGGCCUCGGACGCUGAUGAUCCGACCUACGGAAGCAGCGCUCGGAUCGUUUACAGCGUCCUGGAAGGAGAACGCUUCUUUACUGUUGACCAACAAACAGGAGUGAUCCGGACGGCCGUGGCGGAUCUGGAUCGGGAGACACAGGACCGCUACGAGCUGGUGGUCAAAGCCACAGAUAUGGCAGGACAAAUGGGCGGUCUCUCCGGAUCCACUACAGUGACCAUCGUGAUCACGGAUGUUAAUGACAACCCUCCGCGCUUCCCUCAGAAGAUGUAUCAGUUUUCGGUCUCGGAGGGUGCGGCCGUCGGGACGCCGAUCGGUCGGGUGAUCGCGACAGAUGCAGACAUGGGCGAGAAUACGGAUAUGAGUUACCUGAUCAAAGACGAGGAGGGUGGAGAGCUGUUCAGAGUCUCGACUGAUGGAGACACACAGGAGGCCAUCAUCACCAUCAAAAAGCCUCUUGACUUUGAGAACAAACGCACACAUAAUGUGGUCGUCGAGGCUGUGAACAAACAUGCGGACCCUCGUUUCGUGGAUCUGGGCUCUUUCCGGGACCAGACCAUCGUGCGGGUCAGUGUGUCGGACGUGGACGAGCCUCCCAUCUUCAUCCCUCCCAGAGGCAUCAUCAUGGAGGUUCAGGAAGACGCUCGCCUGGGAGCGCUGGUCGGGAUUGUGACCGCCAGAGACCCGGAUGUGGAGAACGUCCCUGUCAGGUUCUCUAUAGAGCGGAGCACAGACCAGGAGCAGAUCUUUAACAUCGAUGCUGUAACAGGUGCCAUCACUCUGGGAAAGAUCCUGGACCGGGAAACUGCCGGCUGGCACAACAUCACAGUUACUGUGGUGGAAGCAGAUAACCAGUCCAUGGCGUCUCAGACGGCGGUGAGCAUCCGCAUCCUGGACGUGAACGACAACCCUCCCGAACUCGCCACUCCUUACGAGGCGUCGAUCUGCGAGGACGCCAAACCUGGCCAGCUCAUUCACACCAUCAGUGUUGUGGACCGAGACGAACCACAGUCUGGACAUCGAUUCUAUUUCACACUGGCACCCGAGGCCUCCAACAACCGGCAUUUUACACUGUGGGACAUCAAGGACAACACAGCCGGGAUCAGGACACAGCGCUCCGGAUUCAACCGUCAGGAGCAGAACGUGUACCUGCUUCCCAUCCUGGUGGUGGACAGCGGCCCUCCGGCCCUCAGCAGCACAGGGACCCUCACCAUCCACGUGUGCGGAUGUGACACGGACGGAUCAAUCCAGUCCUGCAACACCACGGCUUACGUCAUGUCAGCCGCGCUCAGCCCCGGCGCUCUCAUCGCGCUGCUGGUCUGCAUCCUCAUCCUCAUCGUCCUGGUGCUGCUGAUCCUGACCCUCAAGCGUCACAGGAAGGGCCAGCUCAUGUCCGAAGAUGAGGAAGACAUGCGGGACAACGUCAUCAAAUACAACGACGAGGGCGGAGGCGAGCAGGACACCCAGGCGUACGACAUGAGCGCCCUGCGCAGCCACUACGACUUCCCCGAGGUCAAAAACUCAGACUCGGGCCCCGAGCUGCACCCGGUCCCGCAGUGGAUCCAGAAGAGAGUGGUAGGAGACGGCGGCCCGGCCGAUUUCUCGGUUUUUAAAGACUACAUACGAAAGAAAGUGGAGCAGGCGGACGCAGACUUAUCGGUGCCGCCGUACGACUCGUUCCAGACUUAUGCAUUCGAGGGCAGCAGCUCGCCGGCUCUCUCGCUAAGCUCCAUCCGUACGCUGUCCACCACCUCGGAGCAGGACUUCUCGUACCUCAGCGAUUGGGGGCCGCGCUUCAGGCAGCUGGCGGGAUACUACGCCCCGGCCCAGCCGGAGGAAGAAGGGUCCUAGCACCAUCCUCUGAUCAGCAUCCGUAUGUUCUCCCUGGAGUUCUGCAUUGACGUUGUUUGGAUCCCAGUCAAUCCUGAGACUGUUAUACUUUGUAAAGUGACUUCUCAUCUUGUAGAAAAGUUCAGGACAAAUAUUGAAGGAGAAAAACAACUAGGAUGGGUGCUGGGCAAACCUCCAACAUCUUCUCACCUGUCAGCGAGAGCAAGAGGAACGGGGCCGUGCCAUAUGCACCGCGAGGAAUACUCAUUCUUUGCUUUUUUUUUGUAAUUUUUUUGCCCAUCUGUGGAGAUAAAUGACUUUAAGUCACCAGGAUCCAAUGGGAAGAUUUUCCAACAUUUAAAAAGAACCUUAAAUAAAUCUGUAUUUAUUUAAAGAAAGAAAAACUGGAAAAAAAAAAAGAAAACGAUAUUUAUGUAUUUAUUGCUUUCUAUUUAUUUAUUUAUUCAUCCUGGCAAUGGACUGAAAUACACAAAUGGAAAAUUUGUCAGGGUGACAGACAAGGACUGAAUAUCCUCAAAAACUAAAACAAAAAGACGAGUUUAGAGGAGUUUGCAAACUAUCAGUGACAGUAAAUCAGUGUUGAAAAUAUUUGUAUUUAUUUUUAAAAAACUCUUUUUGUAAAAUACAAAGCAUUUCUGCUGUGGAAAAGUAACGGCUGUCUCUCAAAAACAUGUCAAAAUCACGCUUCACCCCCAAAUCAAGAGAAUAAAAUAAGAAAUUAAGUUUUGCAUGAAGAAGAUGAAGUCUGUUUUAAAUGUGUUUAUGACGAUUAAGCAUUUUGCCUCCAAAAUUCAUCUAGAUGUUUCACUUUUAUGUGUUUUUCAUUAUUCUCAGUAAGAUUCACUGGACUGAAAUAUAGUUCAAUAUUGUUAAAUUACGCCAGUUUUUAUUGCAGUAAUAAAAAAUUGGUGAAAUGUGCUUAAUUGUCAUAAAAAAUUAUGUUACCAUAUAAGUAGGCUUCACCAGCAAAGUAUGAUUUAAUAUUUCUUUCUUUAGAUUUUGGAGUGAAAUAUGAUUCUUUGACAGGUUUUGUGAGCAUUGGUUUUAUCUGUGUUGUGUUGCUUUUCAACUAAUUAUCCAGAUCACUCGUGAAUCUUUCCUGUAGAGACCGUUUUCAAGGGGAGUUUUGAAAGACAAGACAACAUGGCACAAUACACAACAAGAAACAAACGAGGCCAUCUGACACCUCCUUUAUCCGUUAUUUUUAGAUAUUCCAAAACAUACAUGUUCACUGAUGAUUUGUGCCGAGAUGUUUCCAGAUCGCUUUCCUUUGGGUGAUUUGUUUGGUUUUUUAUCUUUCUGUGUUGGGUUGAGGAUGAUGAACUAGAGACGGGGUGCAGUGGUCGUGUUUUUUCCUGAACCAGCACCCUUAAAUGUCCACCCAAAAAUGCAGAUGUAUGGCUAAAAAUACGAUUGAAUUCAUCAAUAAAUAUUUACAGUUUUUCAAA